GUUGCCACAGCUCUUUACGUAAGCUACAGUUGCUACCACUUUUACAGUCAGAAUUAAGGAUGCAGUCUACCAAUAGAGCAAAAACACCUCGUUCUGAAUGUCGGAUGAGUCGUGACAAAUUCAGAAACAAAACCAGGACUGGAGGUGCCUUUGAUCAAUGGAGACAACAACCAACGGCUAUUUUCACUACUUUUACCAGCCUUGAUAGCACCCAAAGCUCGCUAAAAACGCCAAUGGAGCAUCAUAUUCCUCCUACACUGUUGCUUCCCAGGUUGAGGUGUGCCAAGCCCCCCCUACGCAUCAUGCGCACAGUGCUUCCUAUUUACAAGGCGCAGGAUCAUGUUCAUGAGUUUUAUCCAAUUAUUGAGAAAGGUCCAAGCAGUUUUAUGGACCCCCCACAGAGCAAUCAAACCAGGCUCAUGGUGAAAGAACCUUCUCUGCCCAUCAAUGAACUUCUAGAGAAGAGCAGCAGGACCGGUGAAUCCAAAUUUUCUCUCCAUUCUUUACCUGCUGCCAUCUGGCCAAAGCACAGCGAUCUGGCACCCAUCCCUCGCCACCACGGUCCCCACAACAAGAGCAAGCGAGGCCCCAAAAGCGAGCACCUGUUGGACCUGAGCACAGAUAAAACCAGAGGAGAAGCGGCCGGUCUGCUUCCCAAACCUUCCCUGACGGGGUCGGCGGCCACCGAACGCACAACUCAGUCUGACAUCGGACCACCUCAGCCCACCGAACCUGAGGCCCAUGCAAACUCCAGACCCAAGAGUGCUCCUCAGCCUCAGCCUGCUCCGGCACCUUCUCCUCGCAGAGACCUACCUAACAGACGCCUAGACCCAGAGGAGAACCGUCCGGGCAAAGCCGGUCUUUACCAAUCCGGUAUCGGCACGGGUCCGCCUCGGAACAACAGCCGACCGCCUGUCACCUUCAACCGACGCUCCUCCAGCCUUCUGUACCAAUUUGACAUCCUCAGACGAGAGUCAGACCUCACUCAUGAUGCCUUUUGCAUGGGCGAGUGCAGGAAGGAGAAAGAUGAGCGGGAUUAUUACUGCUACAGCGAGUUUGCGGUCAACGGGGUCGUCCAUGACAUUGACGUACUGCGUAAAGGGAUUCGUCUCAUUACGUUGAUGGUGAGCGCCGACGGCUUCUACAAGACCAGUCGCCUCUAUGCCACCCCAGACAGCUUCUUCUUUAAAGUGCGCCUUCUAGUUCUGGACACCUACAAGUGCAGCAAACCCUGUCCUGAUAUCAAGCUUGGGACCAGAUACAUUGUUAUGGGUCAGAUCUACCACCGGAGGCGUCAUCUUCCGAGCGACCUCCUGAACCUGCUUGGCAGUCGACUCAAACCAGGCGACGGCAUCCUGAGGAGCAGCAACUACGUGAAAAGGUUCAACAAACGGAAGCACCAGAAGGUCCUGGAAGCCACCCGUAACAAGUGUCGGUGAACCCAAAAACUGGACUCUAGCCCCCCUACAUCUUGCAAGGGAAGAGACAUUGCAUCUUUUGUAAACCGCUUACACCAGAAGAAAGAGGCAAUACGAUUAGUUACAGCAUUAGCAAGUUUGCCUCCAAUUUGAAAGAUUGUGGGUUUGAGUCCUGACUCUGACCUUCUUACGUGGUUUGCAUGGUCUCCCGGUACUCACGCGGGCUUGGCACUAAUACUCAAGCUUCCUUUCAGAAUCCCAAUAUAUUCAUAUUUGGUUCAUUGAACACUAAAUUGUCCAAAGGAGGAUUAUGAGUUGUCAUGUUGUGCCCAAUAAAUGACUAGCAACAAGGUUGCUACUAGAACCGUGACCCUUAUGACGAAAUGCACUGCAGUAAACAGAUGGACGGAAGACAAAAAAGACUGAAAAUAAGAAAGAAUGGAUUCAUUUUCCCAUGGACCACCAUAAUGUACAAUAUAAAUAGAAAUACCAACGCGUGCCGUUUUCCCUUGAACUAAGUGCUUCCCAAAACCAAUUUGUACUAUUUAUGGCAUAAAUUAUGGAGUCCAUUACCUCGAAAUAUUGGAUAUUUAAACACCACUUGACCUCUUUGCUCAUUCAUGGCUGGUCCAUGAAGCAUCCAAAAGGGAAACACAUCCGAAAUGGAACUUUUAGACUAAACUCCACUGCUGGCCAAAAGUAUUGGCACCACAGCAAUUCUAUCAGAUAAUGCUCAAUUUCUCCCAGAAAAUGAUUGCAAUUACAAAUGCUUUGAUAGUAAUAUCUUCAUUUAUUUUGCUUGCAAUGGAGAAAAAAAAAAAAACAAUUGAGAAUGAAAACAAAAAUUAAAUCAUUAUCAUUUUACACAAAACUCCAAAAAUGGGCCGGACAAAAGUAUUGGCACCCUCAUUCUAAUACUUGGUAACACAACUUUUAGACAAAAUAACAACCUUUAGACAAAAUAACUGCGAACAACCACUUCCGGUAUCCAUGAAUGAGUUGCUUACAAUACUCUGCUGGAAUUUUGGAACAGUCUUCUUUGGCCAACUACUCCAGGUCUCUGAGAUUUGAAUGGUGCCUUCUCCAAACUGCCAUUUUCAGAUCUCUCCACAGGUGUUCUAUGGGAUUCAGGUCUGGACUCAUUGUCUCCAGUGCUUUCUCUCAAACCAUUUUCUAGUGCUUUUUAAAGUGUGUUUUGGGUCAUUGUCAGAGCCCAUAACCUCUGAGGGAGACCCAAUUUUCUCAAACUGGGCCCUACAUUUUGCUGCAAAAUUUGUUGGUUGUCUUCAGUUUUCUAAAUGCUAUGCACACGGUCAAGCAAUCCAGUUCCUGAGGCAGCAAGCAACCCCAAAACAUGAGGGAAUCUCCACCAUGUUUGACUGUGGGGUUUGAAGGCCUCAUUUUUCCCCCUGUAAACUCUAUGUUGAUGCCUUUUCCCAAAAAGCUCUACUUUUGUCUCAUCUGAACAUCUCAUUCUUCCAAAACGCUUUUGGCUUUCUCAGGUAAGUUUUGGCAAACUCCAUCCUGGCUUUUUUAUGUCUGUGGGUCAGAAGUGUGGUCUUCCUCGGUAUCAUACCAGAGUCCCUUUUCAUUCAGACGCCAACGAAUAGUACGGGUUGACACUGUUGUACCCUCGGACUGCAGGAUAGCUUUAACUUGUUUGGAUGUUAGUCGAGGUUCUUUAUCCACCAACCGCACAAUCUUUCGUUGAAAUCUCUUGACAAUUUUUUUUUUCUGUCCACAUUUCGGGAGGUUAGCCUCAGUGCCAUGGGCUUUACACUUAUUGAUGACACUGCGCAUGGUAGACACAGGAACAUUCAGGUCUUUGGAGAUGGACUUGUAGCCUUGAGAUUGCCAAUCCUUCCUUACAAUUUUGCUUCUCAGGGCUUCCUACAGUUCUUUGGUCUUCUUUCUUUUCUCCAUGCUCAAUGUGGUACACACAAAGACACAGGACAGAGGUCGAGUCAACUUGAAUCCCUUUUAACUGGCUUCAAGUGUGAUUUAGUUAGUGCCACCACCUGUUAUUAAGUAACAGGUGCUGUUAAUUACACAAAUUAGAGAAGCAUCACAUGAUUUUUCAAAAGGUGCCAGUACUUUUGUCCGACCCAUUUUUGGAGUUUUGUGUAAAAUGAUAAUGAUUUAAUUUUUCCACAUUCUCUUUUGUGUUUUUUUCAUUGCAAGCAAAAUAAAUGAAGAUAUUACUGCCAAAGCAUUUGUAAUUGCAAUCAUUUUGAGCAUUAUCUGACAGAAUUGCAGGGGUGCCAAUACUUUUGGCCAGCAGUGAACAUGUAUUUAAUUGCCCUGUCCUGGUAUUAGUCUGCUACUGUAUAUCUCUGUAAUGCCUUUAGAUAACUAUGGAAGCAAAAUGUGACAUUGUGGUUGUUACCGAUGAGCAGGAACUGCUCUUGAUGUUGCAAGGACUGCAAAUUAGGCAAGAAAUAAAUUGAACUGUAACCACACACGGCAUCCUUGUUUUAAGGCAUGAGUAGUUCUUUCAAGUCACAAAUCUCACAUAAUUAUUUACCUGGUGUUACCUUAGCUUUAGUGUCUUGCUC